CGUUUGAUGCUACGUUGAUGUGAUCUGUUUUAUCAAAGGUUUGCUAAAACAUGGUUAUGUUUUUUAAUCACAUACGAGUAUGUAGCUAGCAUCAUGUAUACUUGUGCCUGUUAUGACGGGGAAAAAUGAUGGUAACGUUACUGACAACACUUAAUUCAGUUACAUCUCCCACUUCACUCUUCCAGUUAUAGCAUGGAUCCAGACAGUGAGCCGGAUACACAACGAGCUCUCAGUUUGCAAUGGAAGAGCUAUAAGCUCGUCCAAGACCCAGCCAUCCGGAGGGUUAACAACAAAAUAUAUCGAUAUGAUGGGGUGCAUUUCAGUGUGCCGGACUCGGGGUUCCCCCCAGUGGGAGAUUUGCGGGACCCUCGACCUCGUAGGAUCUGGUCCAGGCACACAGAGAUGGCCCUGCCAGUGCCCAAGUUCAAGCUGGAUGAGUUCUACGUGGGCCCCAUUCCCCUCAAGGAGGUGACCUUCGCUCGCCUCAAUGACAACAUCAAGGAACCCUUCCUGGCCGAGAUGUGCGCAAAGUUUGGAGAGGUGGAGGAGAUGGAGAUAUUGUUUCACCCCAAGACACGUAAGCACCUGGGCCUGGCCCGCGUGCUCUUCACCAGCACCAGGGGGGCCAAGGACACGGUCAAACACCUGCACAACACCUCCGUCAUGGGCAACAUCAUUCACGCUCAGCUGGACAUCAAAGGCCAGCAGAGGCAGAAGUAUUAUGACCUGAUAGUGAGUGGAUCCUACACACCCCAGACUGUGCCCACAGGAGGCAAGGCCCUGACAGAGCGGUUCCAGCCCCCAGCUCCAACACAACCAGACACGUCGUCAGAUAUCAGGCGGAGACUGUCCUCUGAGAUAGCUGGCCUGGCUGUGGGCUUGGCUGCAGGGGUGCCGGCUCUCACUCCUGGGAGCACCACCCCCUGCUCUGUGGACACGGGCUUCAGUGAGCAGCGUCUAGACACGACACCCUCCUCCAUGGGCGGGCCCUACACCCCAGGCUCCUCCGCUUCCUCGCAGGGAGGAGGAACGCCCUACACCCCUCGCUCUGUCUCACAGGACUCGGGCUACGCUGUUGCCAGACAAGUUGGAUACAGUGCUGGCCCAUUGACCAGUGGCUACACUUCCCAGGACAUGCUUCCCUCCUCCUCCUGCUCCUCCUCUGCUGUCUCCUCCUCAGUUGGGGCAUAUAAAGCUCCCCGCUACCCGGAGGACCCCCAUGCACCUCCACAAGACCCCUACCAAAGGUGUCGCCCCACGUACCCCCCUACCGGCCCGUUCCGUCCUAACGAGCCCCCGCUCUACCCCACAUACCCUAACGCUGGAGGGGCUGGACAGCACAUGGCACACCACCCUGCGAUGCCUCCCCCACCUCCUGCACCCCAGUACGAGCAGCCCCCUCUGGCAGACCGGGACAGGGACAGAGAGCGGGACAGGGACUCAGGAGGGCGGUACGGUGCCGGUGGGAUCGGCUCUAGAAGGUCAUCUUACCAGGAGGCCAAGUAUUCCCACCACUCACAUCACUCUGAGAGGGAGAGGGGCUACAGACGGGACAGCCUGGGCUCCAGAGAACACGGCAGACACCGUAACCACCAUUCACACAAUCACAGCAGCAGUAGUAGUAGUAGCAGCAGCCGACGACGGAGCAGCCACGACCGAGACAGCAGGGAGAGGGACAGAGACAGCGACUACUCAAACAGCUCCGACCCCAGAUUCAACGCCAACUCCCACCGCUCCUCCUCCAACAGCCUGUCCCCGCCUCCGUCCGCCUACCCCUCCUACUCCUCCUCCUCCAAAGACCAACCCCCUUCCCACGACCCCUCUGUCUCCUCCCGCCUGGAGCCCUCCUCAGUGUACCGUGCCCAGCCUAGUGGUGCUGGUUCUGGGGAAAGGGGGUCUGGGUCUGACAACAAGGACCCCCGAUCCCACCACACCCCUCUGCCGCCCCCUCCACCUCCUCCCCUCCCCCCUGCCUCUGUGAUAGCGGCGGCUGUAGCCGAGACGCUCAGCGCCCUUGACUUUGGCCAGGAGAGCCCACGAGACUCCUCCUCCCCGGAGCCAGAUUCCACCAAUGAGAGCCUGCCAUUUGUCUACCACAGCAGCAGCUUAGACUCUCGUAUUGAGAUGCUCUUGAAGGAGCAGAAAGCGAAGUUCUCCUUCCUGGCCUCCGAUGAAGAUGAUGAGGAGGACAGGAAGGAAGAAAGGCAGAGAGAGAAGGCAGCAGUGGCAGCAGCAGGGGAGGGAGGAGCAGCAGCAGGGGAGGGCAGGAGCAAUAAGCAGAGGGAGCAGGAUCUACCCCCCUCCUCCACCUUCUCUCCCCGCAUCCCCACUACAGAUGACCAUACUAGUCUCCAUGGAACAGGACCUCUGCAGGAGGAGACAUCCCAACCUGAGCCUAUUGAUCCAAGGACCAGACAAGGGGCACACACACCCCCCUACAACGGACAGAGUCAGUCAUCCCCUCAUUCUUCUGGGGAGGACAUGGAGAUCUCAGACGAGGAUGAGGAACACACCAUUACAGCAGUGACCACACACCACGCCACUCCUUCCUCCAUCUCUUCCCCGUCUUCAUCCCAGGCCCCCCUGCCCUCCCAGACAGACCCCUCUGCCUCCCCCUCUGACCCCACACAGCACUUUGGCACGUCCAUGCCUGCUCCACCCAUCCCAUCUUACCCCACUCACCUCCCUCCCCCGGGCUUUUCCCUGCAGCCCCCUCCACCCCCCUGCAUCCCCCCACCGCUGGCCCACAUGGAGCUGCACCCUGAGUACCCUCCUCCCAUGCCCCCACACAUGUAUGACUAUGCCAGCAGUAUGGAGCUGAUGAACCAGUACAGUGGCGGAGCCCCCAUGUCCUUUCAGAUGCAGACCCAGAUGCUGAGUCGGCUGCACCAGCUGAGGAUGUCCUCUUCUAAUGGCGCCGCUGCCCCCGGCGACGCCCCCCCUUCAGACUACUACCACUCCAUGCCUCCUCCCCCACACCCCCACCACCCUUACAUGGACCAAGAGGGGGGUGGCUACGACCAGGACCACCACUACAUGCCCCCCCACAUGCCCUACGCCUACCCUGGCCCCUCUCAGAUGCCCCACCACCACGCCAUCCCCCCUCCACACACCGGCUGGCCCCCGCAUGUCUUACCCGAACACUACGCGUACCACACCCCGCCGCCCUAUGGGACUAUUCCUCCUGUGGAGGGAGAGGCCCAGUACGGGGCGGAGGGGGACCCCCAAAUGCCCCUGCUAACAGAGAACCCCCACGAGGCCACAGUGCAGCUGGUGCUGGCCACCCUCAUCCAGGAGAUGAAGAGCAUCAUGCAGAGGGACCUCAACCGCAAGAUGGUGGAGAACAUUGCCUUCGGAACCUUUGACGAGUGGUGGGAGCGCAAGGAGACCAAAGCCAAGCCGUUCCAGACCAUGGUUCGGGGUGUGGCUGCAGUGAGGGACGAGGAGAAGAAGGAGGAGAACAAGGUCAGCAGCAAGCCCCGGGAGCCCCUCAUGUCUCUGGUGGACUGGGCCAAGAGUGGAGGAAUGGAAGGCUUCUCACUGAGAGGGGCGCUACGACUACCCUCAUUCAAGGUGAAGAGGAAAGAACCUCAGGAGCUAGCAGAGGUAGGAGAGAUGAAGAGACCCAAGACACCGCCAGAGGAUGAUGACGAAGACUCGUACCAUGAGAAGGGUCUAGAGGUAGGAAUGGCAGAUGGGGAGGGCCACAGGGCUGAGAGGGACAGCAGGCGGAGGAAGAAGACCAGAAGUCGGAAACCUUGGGACCUGGACAGCGAAGGAGAGGAGACUUCUGAUGGUUCUUCUUCAGAUAAGGAGGAUGAGGAAAGUGACAAGGAGUCUGAAGAUGAGGCCUUGAGUGCUGACAGCGAUGAUGAGAGCCUCUCCUCAUCCACAGAGAGUUCUUCCUCCUCAACAUCAUCCUCCUCUUCCUCUGAAGACGAGGAUGAGGAGGAAGGAGAGCAGGCCGGGAGUGGACUGGACACCAUGGAUGAGUCUACGAUGGACAGCACAGUUCUGGACACAGAGAAGGAGGAUGACCGAGAAAAGUCUGCAGCUGCUGUUCCAAAGGCACCGCUCAGCACGGAGAUCAAAGCAGAAAUUGCUGCCAGCAAGAAGGAUUCAUCAACACCCAGCUCAAACGCUCGUCCUCCAGCCCCCCGCCCCUCCUCCUCCAUUGUCAUUGUUCCUCCUCUCAAGAAGCGACGGAAGACCGUCUCGUUCUCUACCAGGGAGAGCGACUACAAACCCCACCUGCCAACGGUCCCCUUGUCCCCACCUCCCUCCACUGCCUCUCCUCCCUUCUCCCCCAUCAAAUCUCACCUUCCAGACUCCAUCCUCAUCGUCUCCACACCUGGAACCACCUCCUCCAAGACUCUCUCACUCCUCCCCUUUGCCUCCAAACCAGGCGAAGGCCACGCCCUCUCUCCCUCCCCUGUUCUCACUGUUCCCUCGCCUGUAUGCCCCGAAGACUCCAAAAAGAGCCCUGUCCCUCUGGUGUCCCCCCCAAUCACCCCCACCAAGUCCCCCAACAAACGGGGGGCCUCUCCCAAAUCCCCCGCCCCCGCUCCAGUGUGGGUGUGUCGCACCGUGCAGAACCUCCCCCUGGACCACGCCUCCAUGGUCAAGAUGGCCUUCGAGGAGGCCCCGCCCCCCGUCACAAAGGGCCGGGGCAGGGGACGCCCCAGGACUGUCAGCCUGUCGACCCCCACCCCUCCCCCCUCCUACCACACCCUCAGAGAGGAGGAUGAGGAGGAGGAGAGACUGCAGAGGCUGAGACUCAGGGAGCAGCUGGGAGCAUCCAGCCUGAUACAGCUGGGCUCGGCCCCCACGGCUGACCUGUCUGUCCUGGCUGAUGUGGCCCUGAAGCUGGACCCAGACGCUGGAGACUCGGAGGAGACGGAGACAUCAGACGAGGCAGAGGAGCAGAAGAUGGAGGAGGAGAUGCUCCUCUCUCCAAAAGCCCUACCCCUGGUUAUGGACCCACAGGGCCUGUCUGCCCUGCAGGAGCACAACUAUUCCAAAGCCCCCUUCCACCUCAUCCCCGCCCAAAAGAGGAAUGUCUCCAAACAGGAGCCAGGGGUGCUCCUCCCUGCAGACCUCAACCAUCACGCCAUCUCUGGGGUGCUGGAGGCACCUGAGGAGGUCAUAGGGGAACCCCUGCCCUCUAGGGACAGACACCAGGCUGAGUAUCUGUCUGGCAUGGGGCUGCUGUGUGAGGCUGGCAACACGGCCAAGGACGCUGUGCUGGCACCUCUCACCCCAUCAGCCAAGAGGAAGGGAAUGGUAGCGAGGGGGCGUGAAUUGGAGGAGAUGGGCAAAGGGAAGAACAAGAAGAGGAGGAGGAAAGACAAGGAAAAUCUGGAGUUGCAGCAAACGAAAAAACAGAAGGAACAUCAGACCAAGAAACAGAAGAAGAGGAAACUAGAGGAGGUGGACCUGGAGGAGGAUGUGGACGUGGAGCAGCUGGAGCCGGGUGAGCUGUCUAACACGGAGGACGAGGACGAGGAAGAGUGGGACGAUGUGAGGAAGAGCGAGCGCCUCUUCCUCCAGGAGGCCGGGCUGACGUCGUCGCAGCGUUGGCCCAAGCCCAUCCCAGCCCCGGAGCCCAUCACAUUUGACCAGCGCAGCGAGUUUGAGCAGAUGACCAUCCUGUACGACAUCUGGAACUCUGGUCUAGACGUGGAGGACAUGACUCUGCUGAAGACCACCUACGAGAAGCUGCUGCAGGACGACCACAGCACUGACUGGCUCAACGACACACACUGGGUCCACCACACUGUUACCAACAUCCCCAACCCGCGGCGUAAGAAGAAGAGUGCAGACGGGCAGCUGCGGGAGCACGUGACGGGCUGUGCCAGGAGCGAGGGCUACUACGCCAUCAGCAGGAAGGAGAAGGAUGUCUACCUGGAUCUGGAACUGCCUGAGCAGGCCCUACUGGAGGCUGCCGACUACGAUGCCUCGGGCUCAAACAGGCUGCUGUCAGAGAGACGGUCGGAGCAGCGCCGCCUCCUCAGUGCCAUAGGCAUCCCUGCAGUCAUGGACUCUGACCUGCUCAAACUCAACCAGCUCAAGUUCCGUAAGAAGAAGCUUAGAUUUGGCCGCAGUAGGAUCCAUGAAUGGGGCCUGUUCACCAUGGAACCCAUUGCUGCUGACGAGAUGGUCAUUGAGUAUGUGGGCCAGAACAUCAGACAGAUGGUGGCUGACAACAGAGAGAAGCGUUAUGCCCAGCAGGGCAUCGGGAGCAGCUACCUGUUCAGAGUGGACCACGACACCAUCAUCGAUGCCACCAAGUUAGGCAACCUGGCACGCUUCAUCAACCACUGCUGCACUCCUAACUGCUACGCAAAGGUGAUCACCAUAGAAUCCCAGAAGAAGAUUGUGAUCUACUCCAAGCAGGCCAUUGGCAUGAAUGAAGAGAUUACCUACGACUACAAGUUCCCUCUAGAGGAAAAUAAGAUUCCCUGUCUGUGUGGAACAGAGAACUGCCGUGGGACGCUCAACUAGAGACCACAGCAAUGACCACACUCACACUGAGGGGUGGCAGUACCCCGUUUCAGUCCCUCCUGUCCCCCCUCCACAAACCCCUGACUAUAACCAAGAACAAAGCCAUGGUUCCAACACACCCACCACCAACAGCCCCCCUCCUGACCCCAAAGCCCACCUGCUCCUCCAGACUGUCAAACAGUUGUCUGUACCAUAUCCAGGAAACAGAGAGACACACGCAACGUUUGCACUGUUCACACACUUUAAUUUACCUGGGGUUAUGGUUUAUUAUCUUAGGGGUUGUGAGACCCUCCCUCCCAGGGGUGUGAUUAAUAUUCGGGCCCCCUCUCCUGUACCCCAAACCCCUGAAAUUCAGCAUUAGUCUCCGCUGUAGCAGGAUUUAGUAACUUAGGACCACUUGUUCCCGUUCGGUCAAGCGUAGAAGGUUUUUUUCCCUAACCUAUCAACACUGGUUUUGUGCGUCUUGUGUCCGCCCCCUCACAGAUAGGCAGUGGUCCGGAAGCUCCCACUAACCCCAACCCUCUCUGCCCACACACAGACGCACAGGAUUUACAAACAUAUUCAGGGUUUUAAAGGCACUCGUCGCGGCGCAGUUUUAGUUACACACUCUGAUCCAUUGGGACUUCAGUUAUGCAAGAUUUCCAAAAAUGAAGAUUGUUUGAGCUUUGUCAUUUUAUAGUAUUGCAUAUUCUUAUUAUUACUAUUCUUGUUCUGAUUUAGUUGCGUGAGCUGUAAGUGUCUUACAGUGAAGUGAACUUCAGUGUUCCCACCACCGUCCCAUUUAUCCUCUAGUACACCCCCUCCUCCUCCUGGGUGCGUGACUCUCCCCUCUCACCAGUUUGUGUUUGGAUGAGAGACCAUAGACUUUUACAAAUAUUUGUUUUUCACCAUGCUACAAAAGGACAAAUCAUUUGUAGAUCAAAUAGUGUGUGGCGUCAAGUCAGUUUAUCUUUAAAGCCUAAAAUGGCUGCUGAGUUUGUCUGCAGGUUUAGCGCAAUUAGGAAUGCUUUGUUUGUUCCUUUUACGUUCCCCUUGCCCCUUCGUGAUGUUGUCCCUUCUCACGUUAGGAUGCAGAGAAGGGACCUGACCUGUGUGUGUCUCUGUAUCUGUGUGUUUAAGAGAAUGUAUUCUUACACGAGCGAGUAUGUUUUUAAUCCUGUUGUGUGAAUGUGCUCUCACUGUCAAUUUGUGCUUUUGAACAACCUGCAAAUGUCAGGUUGUCUGUGCAUUUUGUAUGACAUGGUCAAGGCACACUGUCAGGAAAACUGUUUCUAUGAAAUCUCUAUUAUUUGGCAAACCAUUAUAGACAAAUCUGUUUACAAACAUAACUCUGCCCCAUUGACCCCUAUUCAAGCGUUGAGAUCUGUGUAUGUUGGACUUUGUCAUUGAGUGUGUUCUGAAUGGUUUUAAAGGGUAAACUUAUCUGUGUAGAUCAGAUCUGGUAAAUCUAGUUUCUAGUUAAGUCGAUCUCGACUUUAGACAAUACCUUUAUUUUUGCAUUUAUUAAAUGCAUUGGCCUAUGACUAUUUUUAACAUGAAUAAUAAGAAAUAUAUAUUUAGGCAUGUUGAUCUUCACUAUAAUAAAUUCCCCUCUCUCAUAGGAAAUGAUGGGUUAGCGUACCCCAGACCGUCUCUGUGGAGUAUCUGUGUCUUGGCCUAAUAUGUAGAUGAACCUUCAGAUCAAUCUGUGUUUGGUGGGUGAAUCAGAACCGGGGGGGGUCAUUUUUAAUUGUUAUCCAUUUUUCAUUGUUAUCCAUGCUCUCUCAACUCAAGCAGUCGCUGUCCCAAGUUUUUUUAAUCUUUGAUUUCGAUGUUUUAAAUGUCACAAGGCCCCUCCAUGUUCUGUUCCAGCCACAGCAGAAAAGUCAUCUAUAUUUCUUGUUGCAACUGGCGCUUUUCAGUACAAACCAACCCUCUAACUUUUAAGUAAAAUAUGGAGAGAAAAAAAUUCAGACAAAUGUACAUAUUGUAGAGGUGUUUGUUUCUCGUAGAAACACACUGGUUCCAAUCUGUAAAUAUGUUGUUCUUUUCCUACUUCCCAUGAGGAAAACUGUACAUACCUUCCAUUCAGUUAUUUUUCUUUUUAAUUUGAUUUAUUUUAUUAUUUGCAAUAUUUCUCUUGUAUUAAUGCGUUGGACCCUUUUAUUAAUGGUGCAUUAAAAUAUUUUUUUUUAAAAAGUGAAA